UAUAACUCGCGUGGUCCCGAGUUGUCUGUCUUCUUUCGGACUUGACCUGACUUGACCCGCACCUCCAAGUUCGUGGAUCGAUUUGACUUGCAAACAUGGGCUCAAUAGAAGGCACCGACUUCUCCUGGACACAAACAUCCCCAGGCCGGUGGGAGCGCGACAUCGACGAAACAGAGCAAUUCUACACCUCGCUUUCAAAAACAUACUCUGGGAGCGGACGGUGCUGUUUCGCCAUCACCGGGUAUAUUUCGAUUUCCGCGGCUGGCAAGGAAUCCGACGUCGAGACGGCGUUGAAAAAGGCAUGGCUGCGCUUGCGACACGAUCAUCCAACCCUCGCCUCGCGCGUUGAAUACAACGAGACGUUCCAGCGGUGUAAGAAAGUGUACGAGAUGGCGGCUAGCGAAGGCGAACAGGGCGCCUGGAUCGACGAGACGUUUCGCGUGGUGCGGAGUAAAAUGUCUGGACUGCAGUGGUGCAAUUCCGAUCCCCCCGUCCCCAGACUCCCAACGAUCUUCAUGAUCAAGCGCUCCAGUCGAACAAGCGGGAUUGUGUCUGCAGACCUCGUCCUCCGUGCGAGGCACGACAUCAUCGAUGGGACGGGGACGCUCAUGCUACUCAACAACCUCAUGUCGCACGCCGCGCAAGCCCUCGAGCAAGGCGACGCAUACCCGCUCCCCGUCUUUGGGGAUGAGUGGAUGCGCCUGAGUCCGCCUUUGCGCAUCGCAGCGGGGAUCCCGCCGGUCCUGAACCAGAAGCAGCAGGCCCGUCUUGACAAGACCGUUGCGUGGAACGCAGCCCUGAAGAACGGCGUCGAGGUCGCGGGGAUCCCCUGUGGUCGGGGCCCGACGAAGCCCGGGCGCCAUCAGCGCGUUGCCAUCACAUUGUCAACAGAGUCGACGCAUCGUCUUCUCAAAGCUUGUAAAGCACUCGGAUUGAGCGUGACACACGCAUACCACACAGCAAUCGGUAUCGUCCUGCGCGAUCUCCAGAAACGUCAGGUCCGCUCGCGGACGAUCCGGUACAUCAACUACACCCUCCUCGACGAGCGCCCACAGUGCGAGGAGCCAUACAAUACAGCCGCGCACCCGGUCUCGGUAUACAACUCGGUCUCCGGCGAGUGUCUCGCCGUCGAUCUGACCGUUCCCGCAGCCUCCAUCGGCGUAUCCAAUCAACUACUCGACUACAGUGUCCCGCGACGGAGAGAGUACAUGCGCGUCGCAAGUGCCGUCCGCCGCUUCGACCUCGCAAACCGAAACGACAAGACGCGCAUCCAGAUGGUCCCCGCGUACUGGGACAUGAUUACGCCGCAGUACCCGUCAGACAACACGACGCCGCCCGUGCCGAUGCCAUACCAAAAGGCGUCAGUCAGUGUAUCGGACAUGGGGACGAUCGAGGAUAUCGUGCGCCCGACGCACGGCGCGUUCGAGAUUGACAACCCGUGGGUUACGCGCGAGCAUCUUGUUACGGGGCUAGGAUUGUAUUUGGGGAUUUGGAAGGGGCGGUUGACGCUGAGUGCGACGUAUAAUGAUGCGUGGCAUUCGAGGAAUGAGGCAUUGGUGUUUUUGGAUCGGUGUAAUGUUGUGGCUAUUCAGGCGCUUGGGGCGUAGCCUGAGCUUGGUCUCUGCUCUGCAGUCCGGCGUUUGUUUGUUUGGCGAUGAUAGACUGUAUCAAUUGAGUAUCUUGCAAGCUUGUCUCGCAUUCGUAGCAGUCAUCUUAG